AUGAUGAACGAGGGUUAUGCUGAUGAUGAAGGUUAUUUGAAUUCGGAAAUAUAUGGUGAGGAUAUUCAAGACACUCAAAUUCCAGAGACACAAGAAAAUGAAGAGGGGUAUCGUGUUGACAUUGAUAAUCAGACACGCAAUUCAAAUGAGUUUACUCCAACUCCACCGAUUAAUAUGUUCCAGAAUCAAGCUUCCAGAGCUUCACAACAAGGAAGAGUCAGACGUGAAAGUGCUACAAACAGAGUUGCAGGAGGCUCACAAGUCUCAUCAAGGAAUGGUUCACGAGGAGGUCGCAGAAAACAAUCAUUUCAGGCAACUCUAGCAGAUACAAUGGCUGGUUUUAGAGAGUUUCAACGCCAAAGUUUACAACAAAUGCGUCCAAAUUCUUUUGAUCAAGAAGAUUACGAUGAAUGCGAGAUGGCAAUCAAGAUAUUCGAAUCACUCGAAGUUCAAAAAAACAGUGGAUUUUAUUGGGCAUGCAUUCAAGCAUUGAAAGAUGAAAGAUUUUGGCGUAAGCAUUUCAUCGAUAGAGCCGAUGAUUCUGACGAAGAUAAGCUACAGUUUUUGCAAGCUUUGACAGGAUAUACACGAGAUGGCGAAUAUGUUGGAAAACGGCUAAAUUCAAAUCAAAAUUGCAGCAGCCCAAAUUUUGGAGUUUUUGCUUCUGGUGGUCCAUCUUUUGGUACUAAUAACUCAUGGGGUCAAACUCCAAAUGGACAAUGGAGUCAUGGUUCUCAACAAUGGGGCACUCCUCCAAACGCUCAGCAAUGGGGUUCAUCAUCAAGUAUUCCACAAUGGGGUACUCCUCCAAAUGCUCAGCACUGGGGUCCAUCAUCAAGUGUUCCACAAUGGGGCACUCCUCCAAACGCUCAGCAACGGAAUACUCCACCAAAUGUCCCACAGUGGAGCACUCCACCAAAUGUUCAACAAUGGGGUUCAUCAGGAAAUGUUCCGCAAUGGGGUACGGCGAGAAAUACUCAACAGUGGGGUUCAUCAUCAAAUGCCAACCAAUGGGAUCCAUCAUCAAGUGCUCAACAGUGGGGUUCAUCACCAAAUGCCAACCAAUGGAUUCCAUCAUCAAGUGCUCAACAGUGGGUUUCAUCACCAAAUGCAAAUCAAUGGAUUCCUCCGACAAAUGUUCAGCGUGGAUUUUCACUAGGACCUGAAGUAGAAACUACAACGAUUGGUCAAGUAGAAGUUUCACGUGAAUCAGAGAUUCGUACUUCAGAAAAUGUUCAGAGGGGAGUAUCACCUGAAUUCGGUUUCACAAAUUAUUCUUCAGAAGCACAAAUACCAAGAUCAAGACCGCGGAGAGUAGGAGGAUUAUUCAACCUUUGGGGAAAUAAACAAGGACCAAAUUUAAAUGAAAGUCAUCAAAGUCGUUCAGGAUCUGAAGAUUAG